CCUCAUUCCUUCGAACAUCAUAAAGUCAGGAUCAGGAAUCAAAAAUCACAAACGGACCACCAUGUCAAGACUAAACAUUGUUACGAAAUUCCGGGGCCUUACAAGGACCAGAGCAACGCUGCUUCCUCACAAUGCUCUAUCAUCAACACAGGUCGUUUCAAGAACCGUUGUUACUUGUAGGCGACCAGAUUCCACCAGGAGCCUUUGUUCUCCACUAUCAAGGUCUACUCCAGCCCAGAUAUCAAGAUCGUACUCAGCAACGCCAUACUCCACAUCCUCGUCCCCCUCUUCUGGCGGACCAAACCAACACACGUAUCAAAACCUCUGCACGCCUGCCUCGAUCGCUUCUUCCAAUUUUGAUCUUUCCCGAAUCCACCCUUCGGAACACGCCCAAAUCCUGCGCGACUUUAUCCUCGUCCCCGAAUAUCUUUCGCCAACAGAACACGACAUGCUCGUUGAGGCCGCAACCAAGAAACUGAAACGCGCGCUCGGGAAGCAGGUUCGGUACGAAGACGGGCAUUUCGAUGGUGUCAUCACCCGCUACCGAGAAUGCUCUGCCACAGACUGGGGAACUGUACCUGAAUCAGAAGCGACCACUAUGGCCUCAUCCUCAUUGGACACGCCAACAGAUACCCGCGGAAGAACCACUCCCCGGGAGAUCAUGCACUCGAUCAAACAACAGUUCUUUCCGCACCAUUGGAACUGGGUCGCUCCACAUAUCCUGGAGCUCGAGUCUGGGAAGGGCGGGAUCAAACCACACGUCGAUCAUUUGGACGCCUCAGGAGAAGUUGUCGCAGGACUGUGUUUGGGAUCUACGGCAAUCAUGGAGCUCAUUCACGAAGACGACCCCUCAAAGCAGUUCCGGGUGUUAUUGCCAAAGGGAUGUUUUUAUUUCCAGCGGGAUGGUGUUCGGUAUCAUUACAAGCAUGGGAUCCCUAUCUUGCCAGAGGAUCACCAGUUCAAGGGUACCGUUGUCCCAAAGGAGAAACGCAUCUCGAUCAUGCUGAGGAAUGCAUUGGAGUUUUCUACUCACGGCAAGCCUCCAGGGUAUACAGCGCCAGGUACCCAAAUGUAAAUAAAAAGGAAUUCAUUUA